AUUUGCUUUGUAGGAGGGGCUCCAUAAAAAAAGCUCCAUAACCUCAGGGCAAAGCUGCUGAGAGCUCUGAGCGAGAUCCAGUCAGUGCAAGGUAGCAGGAAAUCAGAUACGUGGAAGCAUGUCUGGGAAGCCAGUUCUGCACUAUGCCAACACACGAGGCCGAAUGGAAUCAGUACGGUGGCUGCUAGCGGCUGCUGGAGUUGAGUUUGAAGAAAAAUUUCUGGAAAAAAAGGAAGAUCUCCAAAAGUUAAAGUCGGAUGGAUCCCUGCUGUUCCAGCAAGUGCCCAUGGUGGAGAUCGAUGGGAUGAAGUUGGUGCAGACCAGAGCCAUCCUCAACUACAUAGCAGGGAAAUACAAUCUCUACGGGAAAGACCUGAAGGAGAGAGCCCUAAUUGACAUGUAUGUGGAAGGAUUGGCAGAUCUGUAUGAGUUAAUCAUGAUGAAUGUUGUCCAACCAGCAGAUAAAAAGGAGGAACAUCUUGCUAAUGCUUUGGACAAGGCUGCAAACAGAUAUUUCCCAGUCUUUGAGAAGGUUUUGAAAGACCACGGGCAUGACUUUCUUGUUGGCAACAAGCUGAGCAGAGCAGAUGUGAGUUUACUGGAAACCAUUUUAAUGGUGGAAGAGUUCAAGUCUGAUGCACUUGCAAAAUUUCCUCUCUUGCAGAGUUUUAAAGCAAGAAUGAGCAAUACCCCCAACAUCAAGAAAUUCCUGCAGCCUGGCAGCCAGAGGAAACCACGUCUACAGGAAAAAGAUAUACCAAACCUGAUGGCAAUUUUCCACUGAACAUCAAUCUAAACCCACUGAAAUUCCUUUUUUUUUUUUUUUUUUUUUUUUUUUUUUUGUCUUUUAUUUGCUGAUAAGCGAAGUGAAAUUAAUGAAAUUAGUGAGAAGGUUUGUGAUGUCUCUUUCUUUUGCCUCCAGCAAAUGCUUCCAAAGCAAAUCACUCAAUUACGCGGUACACUGGAUGAAAUUGUCUUAAAUACUUAAGAGUUUUCCUCAAAUAAAGUCCCACUAUUGACCUUACA